AGCCCAUUUGUGCCAGCGGCCAUGUCGGGCACUCGCGAUGAGUGCGUCUUCAUGGCGCGCCUGGCAGAGCAGGCCGAGCGCUUUGAAGAUAUGGUGGAGUACAUGAAGCGAGUGGCUUGCAUGGGCUCCGAGCUGAAUUUGGACGAGCGGAACUUGUUCUCCGUGGCCUACAAGAACUCCGUGGGCGCGCGGCGCCAGGCCUGGCGCGCGGUGAAUACGCUCGAAAAGAGAGAAGCUGCGGCAUCGAAAGGUGCAGCGAUUCUGGAGCUGGUGCAAAGAUAUCGAGAAAAGGUGGAGAGUGAGCUGAGCGGAAAAUGCCGAGAAGUUCUGAAGAUCCUCUUCGAAGAGCUGAUCCCCAAAGCCGGUAGCAGCGAAUCCAAGGUCUUCUACUUGAAGAUGAAAGGAGACUAUCAUCGGUAUUUGGCUGAGUUCGCGACGGGUGAGAACCACAGCAAAUGUGCGCAAGAGGCGCACGACGCGUAUCAAAGUGCCUCGGAGACCGCCAUCUCCGAGUUGCCCGCCACGCACCCGGUGCGCCUGGGCUUGGCCCUGAACUUCUCGGUCUUUUACUACGAGGUCUUCAGCUCUCCUGAGAAGGCGUGUUUGCUCUCGAAAGCUGCUUUCGAUGACGCCAUGGCCGUCAUGGACAGCCUCGAUGAGGACAGCUACAAAGACAGUGCCGCGAUCAUGCAGUUGCUCCGAGACAAUCUCACCCUUUGGACCUCCGACAUGCAGAAUCCCGGCGGUGGGCACCACAUGGGAGGAAUGACCGCAGAGGAUUUCUGAGCCACCUGAGCGUGUGUUGGAGCAUCGUUUCACCCCAAAUGGACCAAACCAUGUCGGUACGCCUUCCAAUCAG